CACUUCGUCACUUUCCUUGCACUUUGCAGCAGCGCCCAGCGGCUGGGCGCUCUGAAGCGCCUUCUAUGUGCCGCGACCUAUCUGGGUCUCACGGCCGCCGUCAAGUUCAUGGAACUUAAGGAGGAAAUCCAUGGCUGGCUUUGUACGAUGUCUGGUUCGGCCGGUGUGUCCGCGCCACUGGUUAUCUUCGUCCUGACCGAGAACAAGACCGUCGAAAUGCUGCCACACUGGGCAGCCAGCUCUUUCUCCAUGCUCCAUGGCGCAGCUUGGCUUUAUAAAGGAAUGGAGACGACAAAGUAUUACAUCGCCACGCAAUAUGCCGUUGGCUCGGCCUAUUUACUGGCGACGGUUUCCGUUCCUUUUACGCAAGGCCGAGCACCAGACCUCGCCGGCGACAGAAGAUGCGACAAAGGAUGGUGAGGAUCUAGAGGAUCCACUCCUCCGUCACCGGGACGAGACCAAGAAGUGCCACCUGGACAACUACGGCGAGGGUUCGAGAUCGGGCAAAAGUUUCGACGCCGACGGCAAGGAAUUUGCCAGCUCGGCCAAACAUGCUGGCUGCUAUGUCGAACAGGUCGAGCUCACAGACCUUCGUCGCAGCCAAGAGCCAGGAGACGGCCAUCACCGGCGACACCAAGAGCCAGGAGACGGCCAUCACCGGCGACACCAAGAUCCAGGAGCCGGCCGUCACGGACGACAACAAGGGCAAGGAGUCGGCCGUCAGCGUCGACACCACGAGCAAGGAGCAGGCCUUCACCAACGACACCAAGCACAAGGAGCCGGCCGUCACCGGCGUCACCAAGAGCAAGGAGCACGCCGUCACUGACGACACCAAGCGCAAGGAGCACGCCGUCACUGACGACACCAAGCGCAAGGAGCCGGCCAUCGCCGGUGCCUCCGUCAUCAACAAGCCUGCACCGAGCGAGAGGGCAAGCUCGAGCACUGAGACAAACGAGCUGAGCAGCUCAGCUGACAAUGCAGUUGCGGCCAUGACUACGAUGGGGGCGGGCGGCAGCAACCUGACCAACCGCAAUCAGGAGACGUCGAAGUCGAAGGAAGCGGUGGAUGGGACAGUCGGGGGCAACGGUGGCUUGGAGUAGGCGCGCAAUAUCGGUCAAGGGCUGCCGUCGCAUGAACUUGGGUUCGCCGAUCCGGUUACUCGGUGCCAUCCUACGCUGCUUUUGUUCAUCUCUAACAAGCUUGUUGUUGUUAAGUUAUGACUAAAUAAAUUCCGAACUUGUUGCGACAAUGCAAGCUCCAAACUUGAUCUGUCUACGC